CCCCGCGAAAAGCCGGCGUUUUUCCUUGACCUUCGGUAUCCGGCGUGUACAGUCAUAAUCCAUAUAUAUAAUAUGUAAAUAUAAAAUGCUCUGCCCUCCAGACAGGAUCCCCUCUUCAUUCUGGCAGCUCCAACUCAGCCCAAACGUCAUGUCUUUGUCCUCGCCACUCCCAGAUGUUCUCCUCAACAGCAGGACGAACGAUGGUGUGAAAUAUGGUAAAGAGCUGCUUAAAGAGUUCCUGAUUGAUGACCAGUACCGUAACUUGAACCAUGGAUCAUUUGGGACGUACCCACGCGCCGUUCGCGAUGCGAUGCGCUCCUUUCAAGAUCAAUCCGAAGCGCGGCCAGACGAAUUCAUACGGUACACGUACCCGAGACUCUUGGACAAGUCUCGGGAGGGGAUAGCCAAGAUCGUCAACGCACCGGUAGCUGAGAUCGUAUUCGUCCCCAAUGCCACAACCGGCGUCAACACCAUGCUGCGGUCCAUCCCGUACGAAGCUGGAGAUUAUAUACUGUAUUUCUCGCCCAUCUAUGGGGCCUGCGAGAAGACGAUCGCGUUUCUCUCAGAAACUACGCCUGUCAAGUCUACCAGAGUGGAGUUCACAUUUCCGGUUGAAGAUGACUGGGUGGUCGAUGCUUUCAAGAGCCGGGUCCAAGAAGUAGCAGCGUCAGGCGGGAGAGUCAAAGUCGCUUUGUUCGACACGGUAGUCAGCAUGCCAGGCGUUUGCUUUCCCUACAAGCAGCUUACCCAAGCGUGCAAAGAGCUCGGGGUUCUGUCUUGUAUCGAUGGUGCGCAUGGUGUCGGUAAUAUCGAAUUGGAUCUCCGUGCUCUAGACGCAGAUUUCUUCACGAGCAACUGCCACAAAUGGUUCCAUGUUCCCCGAGGCUGUGCAAUUCUGCAUGUGCCAAACCGGAAUCAGCAUCUCAUCCGAUCUACGCUUCCGACAUCACAUGGGUUUAUUCCAUUGACAGGGAAUAUCGCUAGUCCUUUACCUCCAUCUGACGAACCCAGAAGCGCUUUUGAAAACAACUUCCAGUUCGUGGGCACCAUCGACAAUUCCCCAUAUCUGUGUAUUCCAGAGGCCAUCAGAUGGCGCGAACGAUUAGGUGGCGAGAAGGCGAUAAGGCAAUAUUGCCACACGUUAGCCCAACAUGGAAGCCGACGAAUUGCUCAGAUUCUCGGAACUAAGAUUAUGGAUAACAGUUCAGGGUCGCUAACGCAGUGUACGAUGGUCAACGUUUUGCUUCCUAUAGAUCUGGGCGCGAUAAAAGCGUCAGCUGUCAAAGCAGGGAUCGAGCCUGGUACUGUAGGAUUGGAAGUCAGGAACUGGUUGGCUCAGACGAUGGUCAAAGAGCACGCAACAUUCAUACAAACACUAUUCGCCGAGGGGCAGUGGUGGGCGAGACUCAGUGGACAAGUGUAUUUGGAUAUGGAUGACUUCGAGUGGGCGGGCAAAGUUUUGGAACAAGUGAGCGAGAGAGCGAACAAAGGCGACUGGGCGAAGGCGAAGAGCGUCACUUGA